CUUUCUUACUCUGUCCCCUUUUACUUUCCCAAUCAUGCAGGGAUCUGUGAACAAGAGGAGCUUCAGAAGUCAAGACAGGUAGGAUACAGGAGCAGCUGCGAUGGCUUCAGGAAUCCUGGUGGACAUAAAGGAGGAGGUGACAUGCCCCAUCUGCCUGGAGCUCCUGACAGAACCCCUGAGUCUAGACUGUGGCCACAGCUUCUGCCAGGUCUGCAUCACGACAAACAACAAGGAGUCCAUGAUCAGCCAAGAAGGAGAGAGCAGCUGUCCUGUGUGCCGAAUCACUUACCAGCCUAGGAACCUGCGACCUAAUCGUCACGUGGCCAACAUAGUGAAGAGGCUCAGGGAGGUCAAGUUGAGCCAAGAGGAGGAUCAGAAGAGAGAUCUCUGUGUGUGCCAUGAAGAGAAACUCCUGCUCUUCUGUAAGGAGGAUGGGAAGGUCAUUUGCUGGCUGUGUGAGCGGGCUCAGGAGCACCGUGGUCACCACACAUUGCUCAUGAAGGAGGUUGCCCAGGAAUAUCAGGAAAAGCUCCAGGCAACUCUAGAGAGGCUGAGGAAGGACCAGCAGGAAGCUGAGGAGUUGGAAGCUGACAUCAGAGAAGAGAUAACUUCCUGGAAGAAUCAAAUACAAAAUGAGACCAAACGUGUCCAGGCGGAGUUCAAUCAAAUGAGAAGUAUGCUGGACUGUGAGGAGCAUGAGGAGCUGCUAAAGCUGAAGAAUGAGGAGGGAGAUAUUCUACACAACCUGGCCGAGUCAGAGAAUGAGUUGGUCCAGCAGAGCCAGUUGGUGAGAGCUGUCCUCUCAGAUGUGGAGCAUCGGUUGCAGGGGUCAACAAUGGAGAUGCUGCAGGAUGUGAAUGGCAUCAUGGAAAGGAGUGAGACCUUGACUCUGAAGAAGCCAAAAACUAUUCCCAUGGAACAAAGGAGAGUGUUCAGAGCUCCUGAUCUGAGAGGGAUAUUGCGAAUGUUUACUGAGUUCACAGAUGUGCAACGAUACUGGGUUCACAUGACACUGGAUCCUCCCAAGGAUAAAUCAGAUGUUUUCAUUUCUGCAGAUCGGAGACAAGUGAGAUAUGAGUUCUCUCGGAAAUUCAAUACAAAUAUAUAUCGCAAUGGGGAUUAUGAUGAUUAUGGUGUCCUGGGGUCCCCGGUUAUCAGAUCAGGGAAACAUUACUGGGAGGUAGAUGUGUCAGGGAAACAUACCUGGAUCCUGGGGGUAUAUAGUGGAAAGUGCCCUGAAAUCAACAUGAAGGCUUUUUUUAGACAAGGUGAAAAUUAUCAACAUGUUUACUCUAGAUAUCAACCUAGAAAUGGCUACUGGGUGAUAGGGUUACAGAAUCACUUUGAAUAUAAUGCUUUUGAGAAGUCUUCCUCCUCAGAUCCCUUGAUCUUGACCCUUUACCUGACUGUUCGUCCCCUUCGUAUUGGGAUUUUCCUAGACUAUGAGGCUGGCACUGUCUCAUUUUUCAAUGUCACAUACCAUGGGUUUCUCAUCUAUAAAUUCUCUUCAUGUCACUUUUCUCGGGAUAUUUUUCCAUAUUUCAAUCCUAUGAAAUGUUCUGCCCCCAUAACUCUGUGCUCUCCAAGUUCUUGAACAUUCUUAUACCCUCACUCACUUUUGAGUGCCUUUUACCUUGGGUGCAUCUGACACAGCUUAUUUGCACCAUUCUCACCAUCUUUUCCUCACUGCCUCCCUUUUUUCCAGUUGAACAUUCUUCAUUCACCAAUAGGUUGUACAACUUGCCUUGUGUCAUAUUUUUCCCAAUAUCAUGUUUGUAUUAGGAGAGAAUCUUUAUUCAUCAUGUUUCAUACUCUCAAGGAAAAAUUACUGAUGCCUCAUGAAGAAAGAUCAGUAUUGAGGUAACACCUCUGCCAAAUUUUUACAACCCCAUUUCCUCUGCCACUGAUGGAGAAGAUGAAGGAAAGCUUUUCAACAACUUUUGUAUAUUAUCAAAGACCUUGUAUAGAAGUUAUCCAUGAAAGAAUGAGUCCUUAGUGGUGUGUUGGUUCACCCAUGGUGUCCCUUAUUCAUCAAGGGGUUAAGGAGAAAAUAUCAUAAAUCAUAUGUACUAAGA